GAUUUGGGUGGAGGUCAUGGAGAAAUAUUAAUAUUUAGCUAACCAUAAUUUUAGUUACUGGUAUAAAUAUAUAUUUUAGCUACUUUUUGCGAUUUUUAUGAACAUCUGGGCGAAGUUUUUGUGUUUACAGUUAGCUCCAAAUUUAGCACAAAAAAAAUGCAACAACGUUUAAACAUGCAUCAAGAAUUUGUUGGUUAAAACAUAAUUACAUUUUCAAACAAAACAUUUGCUUUACGUAUUUAAAGUAGUUUUUUUUAUCAAAAAUAUGCUGUUAUAGUUAUUUGUAAGGACAGAUUUUUUUAUAUUGAGUUUUUUCUAUUGAACCAUUUCUAACAAAUGCAAAAUUAUUGCGAUUGUCCAACAAGAAAUUACCAAACUAUACGUCAGAAAAUAAAAGACUUCUUCAAUACAGACUGAAGUUUUUUGUGUUUAAACCCAAAGUACGUCAAUGUCUGUGUUCUCAGUCCAACAAAAGUGUACGUUGAAAAUGAGCCUAGCUUUAACACGCAGUAUAAAAGCAGAGAUUGUUUGGUUGAUAAUCCAAGCAUGAAGAGCCGGGCGUCAGGUCACUGACUGGACAGUCCUGUGUUUCACCCAUCAGCUCCGAUCUUUAAUUGAAGAGUUUAUGUGGAAGCUUUACCACAGAGGCACGACGCAUUCAGAUCAGUGUGUAAAAACAAUAUUCUGUGUGUAUUAUCCCCUCGACCCACUCGUCCUGUGUCCACCUUCUCUGAGAAUGCAGCGAGUAGGACAGCAAUGCACAGUCACACAUUCCACAUUUGGAUAAUACCACCGCUUAAUUUCUUUCUCUCUCCCUCUACAUUAGGGAGGGCGGGGGAUGGAGGAGGGUCAUGGGUUGGUGUGGAAAAAAAAGGGGUCUGUUAUCAAGUCGACGACCUCUGCACAUCGUUCCAGCGGAGAAUGGCCCUUGUGUGUCUCUAUAUGUGCCUGGCGUCCUGGUACCAAGAGACACAGAAUGAGCGUGUGAGCGAGCAAGAGGCGAACAAUGGGUCCGAUUUAGUCCAGGCGGGCAGUGGGUGAGCGUAAGGCCGGGCUGAGACGUCCAUGGAACGCACCAGUGGAGGAUUGACAUUAUGGCUGGAAGACAGUGAGGGGUUUGUGGCACGAUGAGAAGAGACAGGGGCAGGGUGGUGGCAUGCACCAGGAUUUAAGAGUGGGGAGGGCUGUGUCCAGAUAGUGGUGGUCAGCGUAUGACAGAGGUCUUUUCUGCGACUGACAGAGCCGUGUUUGUGUCCUGUUUGGCUGAGGAAUGCUGGUGUCCUGGGUGACAGGCGGGCAUUAUGUGGGCCUUAUUUCACUGCUGGGUGUCUUGAAGCUGCACACAGAGCUGCUGCCACACACAGCACUGCAGCAUCAUGCGUGACGGUCACACCUGGUAUGGAGCAUGAAAAUCUCAGCACCCAGGAGAGCAGAGGUCUGUCCCCGACCACCGGCGUCUGGUCGUCGACCAACGCGGAGCUGCUCUGUCUGUCCGACUCUGUCGACUGUAGAUUUAAAUAUAUGGAUUUCUCUCUGUUUGCCUGACAGCUGGAGAGCUGUGGACGAGGACACUGUGUUUAUGUGUCCCAGUUGGAAGAUGGGCUCGGCGUAGUUGGGGAGAGGCAGCGCGGAGAGCUUGUUCAGCUGUGCGAGGGCUUGGGGUUAAAUCCUGCCGAGGAUCUCUCACGCACACACACAUCAAGGUCCCGGGCUCUUUCUCACAUGCACACGAUGAGGCGAAGGCGCCCGGGGUUGGGGCCAGGGCAGUGGGCUCUUGGUUCUCACACUCUGGAGCAGUGCUACACCCUCACUGGGACACAGACUCUUGGUCCCUGUCGCGGUGCUCGGAGUGGCCGGCCACUCGCUGCUCUGGCGCAGUUUUCAUCCACUUCACUCUGGCAGGAUGAGGAUUCAUGGAGUCCAGCUGCUAAAAUCAUCAGACCUUGGCCGUCAUAGUCUUCUCUACCUAAAGGAGAUUGGAUAUGGCUGGUUCGGCAAAGUCCUCCUGGGUGAGGUCAACGCCGGUCUCAGCACCACCCAGGUCGUGGUGAAGGAGCUGAAGGCCAGUGCCAGUGUCCAGGAUCAGAUGCAGUUCUUGGAGGAGGUCCAACAGUACCGGACGCUCCAGCACCCCGCCCUCCUGCAGUGUCUGGCACAGUGCACAGAGGUCACUCCUUAUCUGCUGGUCAUGGAGUUUUGCCCCCUGGGUGAUCUGAAGACUUACCUCCACAGUUGCCGUGUAGCUGAUGCAGAAACUCCCGACCCUCUGAUCCUCCAGCGAAUGGCCUGUGACAUCGCCUCAGGACUCCUGCACCUCCACAAACACAACGUCAUUCACAGUGACCUGGCUUUACGAAACUGCCUGCUCACCUCAGAAAUGACAGUUAAGAUCGGAGAUUACGGCCUUUCUCACAGCAGAUACAAGGAAGACUAUUAUAUUACACAAGACCAGAUAUGGGUGGCCCUACGUUGGAUCGCACCAGAGCUUAUAGACGAGGUCCACGGAAACUUGCUGGUGGUCGACCAAACCAAGAGCAGCAACAUAUGGUCACUGGGUGUGACUGUGUGGGAGCUGUUUGAACUGGGAAACCAACCGUACAGACAGUACUCUGACCGACAGGUGCUGACCUAUGUCGUGAAGGAGCAGCAGCUCAAACUACCCAAACCUCAAAUCCAGUUCCCUCUGGCUGAACGCUGGUAUGAAGUGAUGCAGUUCUGCUGGUUGCAGCCAGAGCUCAGACCCUGCAGUGAAGAAGUUCACCUUCUGGUCACGUACCUCUGUGCCAAAGGCUCUAGUGAGGCCGAAGAAGACUUUGAACAACGCUGGAACGCCCUGAAACCCAACCUGCUCGGUAGUGACACCCACACAGCUACAUCCACAGCCCUAGUCCUGACCCCGACACCUCCACAGGCUGAAGUCACCAGUACAGAACCAGCACAGACAGUGGAGCUGGCCUCCUCUGCCUCGUCCUCCUUCCCCCUCCUGGAACAUUUUUCUGACAGCUUCCACUCAGACACAGGAGACGAUCUGUUAACCGUCACGGAGACCAGCCACGGCCUCAACUUUGAGUACAAAUGGGAGCAGGCUCGAGCUGAGCAGCCAUACUGUUCAUCAUCCACCAGUGGGCCACUGGGUCAGGGGAACCCACACUACCAGGAUAUUUAUUAUUCAAGCAAAGAAAGCACCUCAGGGGGCUGUAGGACGGACAGCCUGACCUCAGGUGUCUCUCUGUCCUACUAUGAACCUGAACACCCAGGUGUGGUCCCAGUGCUGAGUGCCCACAGCCCCUCGGUUGGCAGUGAGUAUUACAUUCGCAUAGAAGAACCAGUAGAGUGUAGAAUCAACCUGGAAGACACAGCAGUGGACUACAGCCCAGUGCUGGAAGCCCAUAACAGCAGGUUAUUCUGUGAAAGUCCGCCUGUCUCUUCUGUGGCAGCGUCACGUGCCUAUUGGUCAACUGCCAACAGAUGCGGCGAGUACGACUCUGACUCAAGUCCUGCUGAUAAACUAACCACUGAUCCACUGCUGAAAAGGGCCCCCAGCCCCUGCUGCCUCUCACCUCAUCAAGACGGCAUGAUGCCAUGCCGACAGUCCUGCCGGUCUGAACUGGAUUCAUCGCCGGAGUGCGAGUCGAACCUAAUCGGUUCAGUGAGAUGUUUAGAGAACAGCCGCAGUUUGUCCAAGGUAGUGAGCAGCCCCAGCUUGGGCUUCUGUGACCCUUACCUCGAAGCCAGUUCGGGUCACGGCACUGUGAAUGAAAGCUGCCACAACAUGACGGGUCCCCUCAGAAAGACACAGCCCUUGGCUAAUCACAUUAGCAUCGAUGUAGGUUCAGAGGACGGCCUGCUGGUGGGCCGACAGCGGGGUGAUAAUUGUGAGGAUGACCUUUUGUCUGAAGGGGACGCCACUAACUGGACAUCAAACCAUUCAGCAAAUAAUAACAGCCUGAUGUUCGAUAACAGACAGACAGGCAGUGGGCACGACAGCUAUUUAGACUUUCAUUAUGUUGACCACUGUAACAACACCCCGUCAUGGUCCUUAUCUAAGCCCACCACGAAAACCUUUCAGAGCUCCACGUCUUUUGGCAAAGUGGAGAGUGGAAGAGGAGACAAUGAACCUUCAGAACUAACUUCCUACAUUCACCUGAGUCAAACAGAACUGGAUAAAACUGCUGCUCAAUUUGAACUCAAUCGUUCCAGAAGUUCAGGUGUUGGGAGUAGACUGUACUCCGAGCCUCAGAUGAUUCCUGAGACCAGCUUUAUUAAAUCACCAUCGUCUUUCAAGGAUUCUCAGAGUGGGCCGACAGCCUUUUCAGACAAACACAGAGGACACAUCUGGGAUGGAGUUCCAGCGGCGGUCAACUGUCCAGAGACGUUAGAAAGUACCAGAGUGACAGACGGUAGAAGAGAAUCCAGCUCUGCCCUGGUUGACAUUGGUGACUACAGUGAGGACGAGGACGACAUGGCAGAUAUUACAUCAGGUAUAUUUGCUGACUAUAAUCUAGAUUAUGCUGAGGGGGAGGAUGAAGAACUGAGCCCUGUGAAGAACCCAGAGGAGACAACAAGCUCUGCUCACAUCCUUAACAUGUCCUCUUCCAUGGCCAGUCCCAGCGAUCAGGCCUUCAGUCCCUUUAAUACCACCAUCCUGCCCAAAUCGUUGGACAGUGGCUACGACACAGAGAACAACGAAUCUCCAGAAUUUUUCUUCAAGGAGCUUGGAGAUCCUCAAGAAUCUGAGAGGAGCCCGAGGCUGGCAGGAGAUCCUGACCUGGUUCUGCUGGUCGGGUUAGGCCAGGGCGUCUGCACCUCCACCAGCAACUCAGAGUUACAACUAAAAAGUCUGACUGACAAGAACACAUACCGUGACUCGGCCUAUUUUUCUGACUACGAUGCUGAAAACGAGAGGAGCCCUCAAAAGGAAGGCAGUCAGUUCUUUGCCGGUCCGAACAACCAUGAGUUAAAUUCUGAAAAUGUAAGCUGUGUUAAAAGUGAUGAAACAUUGAUCAGACACGUCAACAAUGAAAACUUAACAAAUUUGAGACUCAAGAAAGGUUAUGUUGCAGUGAAAUUCUCAGCGGCUAAUGCUAGUCCACCACACUCCCUUCCUGCUCCUGCGUUGUCAAUGCUUGCACCAUUUCCUCCGAUGGGCGGCUGCUUGACCAAAGAGUCGGCCCCUGCAGAGGACAACCUUGGACUGGACACGGAGCAGUCAGGAGAGGGGGAGGAGGCAUCCUCAGACUUCAGCUCCAUCGCCUCCGAGCCAUCUUCUGCCCUCCAGGAAGCCUCAAUUAACCAAGAGGAGAGCAACAGGAAGUCAGAGGAUUCCUCUUCUGUCAAGUCCUCGAGCUCUGACUCCAACCAGACUGACUGCAAAGAUGAAGCCUCCAAAGAAAAUGACGGAUCCACGGAGGAGGAGGAGCUGCCAGAAUUCAACCACACAGAGGAGGAGAGAAUGGAGAGCGUGAGAAUAAACGAAGAGGAUUUUGAGGAUAUAGACGCCGAUGAGAGCGACUCACAGGACAGUCUGUGUGAACAGUCUAACGGCCCCGGUGAGCUCUCAACCUCCUCCUCCCUGCUGGAGCUGUAUGGAGAAGACGUGAGGGCGCCGCUGGAGCAGGCGGAAGAUGAAGAGGACUCUGACGACAGCGAGUCUGAUGACGAGCUGAGGACCUACAACAUCCACGAAGAAGAGAGCGAGGAGAGUGAGGAGGAUUUCACCGUAGUGCCCGUGGUAGUGAGUGACUGCAGCCGGGCCAGACACCUACGUAGCCUCCUGAAGAUGCCCAGCCUACUCACCCAGACAUUCUGUGACGAGAUAGAGAGAAAGAAGAAAGCAGUGUCCUUCUUUGAUGAUGUCACUGUGUACCUUUUCGAUCAGGAGAGUCCUACGGGUGAACUGGCCAACUACACCUUCCCCAGUGCAGCAGAGGCUUGUGGGAAUAAUUCCUCCGAUGGAAAAACCUGUGAGCUUGAACCACAACCUGAGUCUGAACUUGAAGAUAAAGCCUGUGAGACAUGCAUUUCUGAGGAGAGUGAUGGGAACAACUCAGGUCAGGAUGGUAGUAAUGAAAGAGAAGAAGAAGAAGCUGCAUUUGAAAACCCUCCGUCUCCAGAAGAUCCCACCCCUGCGUCUCUGGCCCCGCCCACAUCCACCUCCAAAACUACUGAGGAUCCCAAACCUCCUGCUGUGGCACUGAACCGGUUUUUGGUUUCACGAUUCUCUAUCACACAAGUCUCCGACUCCUACGUGAACGCAAACACAGGUGACAGUGAAGAAAGUUCCAGAGACUGACGGUUCCACGGCCCUGACUGGAAGAAGACACAAAGAACAGCAUUAAUACAUUCAGAUGUUUCACAUAGUUUUAUUUUUACUGACGUUUUAGGGCGUCCGACUGAUGACCCUACUUUUCUAGGCAGUGCCUCAUUCUGUAGUGAACCACUCCUGGUGAUUUGCACACAUUUUCCCUUUAUUUUUUAUUUCUGUGAUGAAGGAAUGAUUGCUGCUGGUAUAAAAAAACAAACAAAAAAAACAAAAUAUAAUCAUAGCACUGAAGUAAAACUUCAAAUAUAAAAUAGGUGCAGACGUGGUUCAACAUGAUGAACAUUAUCAUUAAUCUAACCUUCAUAAGGACAGAGCCAGAAAUUGAAACUGCUGAAACCGUUCUUCGUCCCUGGUCCUUUUCCUGGUAUUGCUGAAAACAUGUCAGAACACAUCACUUGUUUAGUCACGCUCACUCCCAUAUCAAAGCAGUAUCAAGAACACUACAGCUUUUAACCACAGGCCCUGUUCUGUUUACUGUGUUCUCCUGCACAUCAGUGUUAUUUUUCGAAUCCCAUGAGAAUGAGACUAAGACAGUGUCGUCACUGUCGUGUAAACGUACCACUUGUAAAUGUAGAAUAGUAUCGUCGUUAUCAGAUUCAUACAUUUUUACCUUUCAGGCCCACAGUCAUCUGUCAAUAGAAAACAUAAAAACAAAGUACCGUCAGAGGG